CUCCAGAGUCCAGUCCCCAGAGAGAGAGAGAGAGAGAGAGGAUUGAUUCGGAGAGGUCGACAGAGAGGAGGCAAGGCGGGGGCGGACGGGGAGCGGCGGGAUCGCCCGGGAGGCCGCAGCCGGCGGCGCGGGCGCGGCUCCGCGGUCCCCUCUGGGGGCUGCCGCUGAUCCGACCGAUCCGGCGGGAAUGGCGGCCCGGGGAGGGAUCUAGGGUCGCGCGGGCAAUGGCGGCGGCGGGGGCGCGGCGGGCGGUGUGGGCGCUCCUGCUGCUGCGGCUGCUGCUCCACCCGGCCGCGCGCGUGCUCGCCAACACGGAAGGUGAUGCUCUGCAUAGCUUAAGGACUAACUUAAAUGAUCCUAAUAAUGUUCUACAAAGUUGGGAUCCGACUCUGGUCAACCCGUGCACUUGGUUCCAUGUUACCUGCAAUAAUGACAACAGUGUUAUCAGAGUUGAUCUUGGAAAUGCUGCGCUAUCAGGAACUUUGGUCCCGCAACUUGGCCAGCUUAAAAAUUUGCAGUACCUGGAGCUCUACAGUAAUAACAUCAGUGGCACUAUACCUAGUGAACUUGGGAAUCUCACAAACUUGGUCAGUUUGGAUUUAUACUUGAACAACUUCACUGGUCCAAUACCUGUUUCAUUGGGGAACCUACUGAAGCUGCGGUUCUUGCGUCUUAAUAACAACAGCCUUUCGGGUCCAAUACCAAAAUCAUUAACUGCUAUCACUGCCCUCCAAGUUCUGGACCUGUCAAAUAAUAAUUUGUCUGGAGAAGUUCCAUCAACUGGUUCAUUUUCUUUAUUCACACCUAUCAGUUUUGCGAACAACCCUAACUUAUGUGGUCCUGGCACCACAAAACCUUGUCCUGGUGCUCCUCCCUUUUCUCCACCUCCUCCAUACAACCCUCCAACUCCUGUGCAACCAGGAGGUAGUUCCUCCAGUACUGGAGCCAUUGCUGGUGGAGUGGCUGCUGGUGCGGCCUUGCUAUUUGCUAUUCCUGCAAUUGGUUUUGCAUAUUGGUGGCGCAGGAAACCACAAGAACAUUUCUUUGAUGUACCGGCUGAGGAAGAUCCAGAGGUGCAUCUUGGCCAGCUUAAAAGAUUUUCACUACGAGAACUACAGGUUGCAACGGAUAGCUUCAGCAAUAAGAACAUUCUUGGAAGAGGUGGAUUUGGCAAAGUCUACAAAGGAAGGCUGGCAGAUGGUUCAUUAGUAGCUGUCAAGAGACUAAAGGAGGAGAGAACACCUGGUGGGGAACUACAAUUUCAAACAGAAGUUGAGAUGAUUAGUAUGGCUGUACAUAGAAACCUUUUGCGUCUUCGUGGAUUCUGUAUGACACCAACGGAAAGGUUGCUUGUGUAUCCAUACAUGGCCAAUGGAAGUGUUGCGUCUCGUUUAAGAGAACGGCCGGAAUCAGAACCUCCACUAGAUUGGCAAACACGAAGGAGGAUUGCAUUGGGUUCUGCCAGGGGCCUGUCCUAUUUACAUGAUCAUUGUGAUCCGAAGAUUAUCCAUCGUGAUGUCAAAGCUGCGAAUAUUUUGUUAGAUGAAGACUUUGAAGCUGUAGUUGGAGAUUUUGGUUUGGCCAAACUAAUGGAUUACAAGGAUACCCAUGUAACUACAGCAGUUCGUGGAACAAUCGGCCAUAUCGCGCCCGAAUAUCUUUCAACAGGAAAAUCCUCUGAGAAAACUGAUGUAUUUGGUUAUGGAAUUAUGCUUUUGGAGCUUAUUACAGGACAACGUGCCUUUGAUCUUGCUCGCCUUGCCAAUGAUGACGAUGUCAUGCUGCUUGAUUGGGUCAAGGGGUUGCUCAAGGAGAAGAGACUGGAGAGUCUGGUUGAUGAAGAUCUACAGCACAACUACAUUGAUGUUGAGGUGGAAUCUCUGAUCCAGGUCGCACUCCUCUGCACGCAGAGCUCCCCUAUGGAGCGUCCCAAGAUGUCGGAGGUGGUGAGGAUGCUCGAAGGCGACGGCCUCGCCGAGAGAUGGGAGGAGUGGCAGAAGGUAGAAGUAGUACAGCAGGAGGUCGAACUAGGCCCUCAUCGAACAUCGGAGUGGAUCCUCGACUCGACCGACAACCUCCACGCAGUCGAGCUGUCAGGGCCACGGUGAUGAUAGCGCACACUCAUGACCUGCCGCUAAUUCUCGUAUUUUGUAAGGGUAAUAGUGAUGUGUAUCAAUCAUCCUAGCCGAAUCCCCAUUUGUUUCAUACCAACCGCAACCAGUGGGUGAAGAUAUGGUCAGCCACGAGGUGCCCUUGACCUGUAUUGCUGAUGCGUCGCCAUAGACAUCUUACUAUCUUAUAAGCUGUGGGCAGCAGAACUCCAGGAGCUAGUGUCAUGUGCAGUUGCUGAACGCACCAGAGCUCCUGUAUUUGUAAACAAGGUAGGGUGAGCUGAGGUGCUUCGGCAGUCUUCUGGGUCCGUGAUAAAUUAAUUGUACUGAGUAUUGACAGUUGACGUCUAACUAUUCUGUAUCAAAUCAGAUGUAAGUUUGGAACUGCAAUCAUUUUGUAUCUCCCCUCCUUUAAAAGGAUCGGAUGAUAUAA